GGAAGAGAAGGGCAGUUAGUGUUGUUCGGGGGUCAACAGUGAAACAUAACAGCACGUUAUUGCUCUUAAACUCAGAUUGUCGUGACAGUAUUUGUCCUAAUAGAGAUUAUGGAGUCUCCUCCCAAAGUCAAGAGAACCACUAAACCUCGGGAUGGAAAAGGUGGACCAACUCUUCCCAGAUCCCAGAAAGACGCAUACGCUCGACUUCUGAAUCAACAUCAGAAUGGCAAGUUUCGAUCUUACUUGCAAGAUUUUGCAAAGCAGCAGACCGAAGAGAAUGAGAGUUCAUCAAAUGAUGCGAACAGAAGAAUAAAAGGCAAUUCAGAGUCAUCUUACUGCAGUGAUAGCUUACCCUCUCAACAGAGUAGGCAGAUGGCCGACACUUCUAACUGUUUGACCGUGGACAAAACGGCCCAUCAAGUCACAUGCACUGAGGACUGGGACACGAAACCUGACAUGCUGGAGAAGUAUGCCAAGACAGAGUUACAUAAGGUUGCUGUGCCCAAAAGGUUACCUUCCAAACAGCAACAGAAGAGAAGUGAAAAAGACAUGAAAGCCAGCACAAGUCUGGUGGGAUCUAAGGAAGGUGACGGUCAGCAGUUGAGCGGUUCAUGUGGGGAAGAACAAGCCAAGAAAAAAUCUAAGAAGAAGAGAUCAAAAGGGAAUUCGGAUAAGAAACCGAAGGAGGCUUGCGGCCCUGAAGUUGAAGCCGUUGCUGCUGGGUAUACGCCAAAUAAAAAAGCUCCGCAAACUCAAGUUUCAAAAGAAAGUUUCUACCAAAUUGAAAAGGAUAAAUGGAAUAAAGAUGGCAGAGGGUCACGAAAGCAACUCUUCGAGCAGUACAUGUCCACAGAGGACGUGUCUGCUGGCCUGAAGAGAGGACAGGUCAUUCAGGGAGUACUGAGAAUAAACCCCAAGAAGUACAAGGAAGCAUUUGUCCCGUCUCCCGAUGGCUCUGCUGAUAUCUUUCUGGAUGGGAUUCCAGCUCGUAACAGGGCUCUGAAUGGAGACGUUGUCGUGGUGAAAGUACUCCCCCCUGAACAGUGGAAGACAAUCAAUGGAGAUGUAAAUGAGAGCAGUGCAGCCAAUCACAAUACAUCACAGGGUCGCAAUGUCAUAGUGGAGGCCCAUUUUAACCAAGAUAAUGAGGUGAUCAGUAAAAUGGAGAAUGUCAGUCUUCAUGAUAAAGCCCCUGCCGAACAUGUAACUGCAUCCAACACUCCUGGACCAAGUUCAGAGAAAGCAGUGCAAAGAACUGGAAAGGUUGUGUACAUCGUUGAGCAGAAGCAUUCCAGGGCAGCAUCAGGCUUCCUCAAAUUUCUCCCAGACAAGAAUUUUGCCAUGUUCUCUCCUGUGGACCAUCGGGUACCGAGAGUUAACGUGCCUCUAGCAGACUGUCCUGCAGAUUUCCUCACCAGACCUGGAGACUAUGAAAACACACUUUUCAUCUGUCGCAUAACACACUGGCCAGAAGACAACAACUUUGCUGAGGGGCGGCUUGCGAAAACUUUAGGGCAAGCAGGUGAAAUAGAGCCAGAAACUGAAGGCAUGCUGACUGAAUAUGAUGUGGACUUUUCCGAGUUUUCAGAUGAGGUCUUAGGAUGUCUUCCUCAAGAUCUGCCUUGGAGCAUCCCUGCUCGUGAGCUUUCAAGAAGAAGAGAUCUCCGAAAAGAAUGCAUCUUUACGAUUGACCCAGCUACAGCCAGAGAUCUGGAUGAUGCUCUGUCUUGUAAACAGCUCUCGGAUGGUAAUUUCGAAGUUGGUGUUCAUAUAGCUGAUGUGAGUUAUUUUGUGGAGGAAUCAAAUGCCUUGGAUCAGAUCGCCAGCCGAAGAGCCACAAGUGUCUAUCUGGUCCAAAAGGUGAUCCCCAUGUUGCCUCGUCUCCUGUGUGAGGAGCUGUGCAGCUUGAAUCCUCUGACAGAUCGACUGACAUUCUCUGUCAUUUGGAAGCUUUCACCAGAGGGGAAGAUCCUGAGCGAGUGGUUUGGCCGCUCUGUCAUCUGUUCCUGCAUUAAGUUGAGUUAUGAUCAUGCUCAGAGCAUGAUUGAAGCUCCUGAAAAGAGCUUCAGUGCUGAAGAGCUGCCGCCCUGCUCCCCACACCAUUCCAUCCCUGAGAUACAGGAGGCUGUCCUCAACUUACACAAUAUCGCCAAACAAAUGCGUGCCCAACGAUUUGAAGGUGGAGCUCUGAGACUUGACCAGCUGAAGUUGUCUUUCACCCUGGAUAAAGAGUCCAGCAUGCCUCAGGGCUGUUAUGUCUAUCAGUAUCGGGACAGCAACAAACUAGUUGAGGAGUUCAUGUUGCUGGCGAACAUGGCAGUGGCACAUCAGAUCUACCGCUCGUACCCAGAGCUGGCACUGCUGAGGAGACACCCGCCACCUCAGAGCAAGAUGGUGGACGACCUGCAGGAGUUCUGUGAUCAGAUGGGCCUUGACAUCGACUUUUCUUCGUCUGGAGCUCUGCAUAGGUCUCUGCAUCAAAACCUUGGUGAUGAUGAGUAUACAGCAGCCAGGAAGGAAGUUCUCACUAAUAUGUGCUCCAGGCCAAUGCAGAUGGCGGUGUAUUUCUGUACUGGAGCGCUGAAGGACGAGAAUCUUUUCCGUCACUAUGCUCUGAAUGUACCUCUCUACACUCACUUCACCUCCCCUAUACGACGCUACGCUGAUGUUAUAGUGCACCGUCUUCUGGCCGCCUCCCUCAAUUGUGGACCACGCUUGGGUCUCUCAGGGGAGGAUGUUCACAAACAAGCAUCGCACUGCAAUGACAGGAAGACUGCUUCAAAGAGAGUUCAAGAGUUAAGCUCUGAGCUUUUCUUUGGUGUCUUUGUGAAGGAGUGUGGUCCUCUGGACUCUGAGGCUAUGGUCAUGGGAGUUCUGGAUCAGUCCUUUGAUGUGUUGGUGCUUCGCUAUGGAGUGCAGAAACGAAUCUACUGUAAUGCAUUAGAGGGGCUAAAGACAUUCCACUUCCGUAAAGUGGGGAAGAGACCAGAGAUGAUGCUUGUUUGGAGAACUGACGACCCGAGAAAUGACCCCAUACAACAGGAGAUCUCCAUUUUCACACUGUUGAAUGUUCAGCUGAAGGCUGACGGAGCUCCUAUGAAGUACAGCGCUGUGCUCAAGAGACCCUCGGACAACACUCAUUCAUAAACACACACGCGUAUGAAAUGGCACCAACACUAUUUUAUCAUUUCCGCAGGUUUCAGUAUUGUGUUAUUUUUAUCUUCUUAACCAAACAGCAGGGACCUGUGAUUGGUCCACUCAAUGAUUAGCUGCACAACAUGUGUAUCAAUAGUGAUUCAGGCUGAUGUCUAUUUAUUAUGAAAGCAACAAGAUACCAUGAACUGUUUUUUAGUUUAAAGUAAUUUUUAUUUGAUUUUUAACAUUUUGCAAGAAUGUUUAGCUUUAGACUCACGAAGUGUUAAAAGUUUUGUUCAGGGAUGUUGCCAAAUAAUUGACUUCUGCUUGGGUUUUAAUAUCUCUAUUUUGAAUCAAGCUGUACUUCUCUUAAAUCCAGACGUUUUUGACUAGUUUUCAAAGUGAAUCUUAGUUGUUCUUAAUUUUUAAUGCUAGUAUUUUAUUUCCACUAUUUCACCAUUGUGUGCUCUGUAACAUUUGGGCAUUAUUUCUGUUCUGCCUUAAAACUUCUAGUUUAUGUAGUCUUUACAUUAGAGUUGAGCACUUUAGAAAUGGUGUUUUUUCUCAACUUAAGAAGUUGCAGAUAUGUUAAUGAUUAUUUUGUUUUCCCAAUGGGAAGCAGGAGCCCUUAAUAAAGACGCUAUUUUAUUAAGUGAUUUUGGACAAAUGGAUUAGUUUGGCUGAGAGGUUGCUUGGUUUUGUCUGCACAUACUAUAUCUGUUUUUUUUUUAACAUUAACUUAAUGUAAAUCAUUUGUUGUUUACAGUAGAUAGGUACAUUUUAAUUCAUUUUAUUGUUGUUUUUUUAAACUGUUUGUAGUUAAUGCAAAGGCAUAUCCCUAAAUUCGCCCACUUGCAUACCAUUUCACAUAUACUCAUCUACACUUACACCAUUUUGAUAUGAUCACCUGUCAUUUGUGUCAUAGUUUUACAUUUCAUUUCAUGUUAUUUUUUCUGUUUAGGUUUUUUGCACGUGGAAUGGUAAUCUGAUAUUACCAAUUAAUAUACACUCAAGGAGCACUUUAUUAGGAACACUAUGGUCCUAAUAAAGUACCCGAUGUGGUCUUCUGCUUUUGUAGCUCAUCUGCCUCAUUGUUCGACGUGUUGUGCAUUUUGAGAUGCUAUUCCGUUCACUACAAUUUCGUGGUUAUCUUGAGUUACCGUAGCCUUUCUGUCAGCUUGAUCCAGUCUGCGCUCUCAUCAGUCUGCAGAACUUCCGACCACUGGAUUUUUUUUUAUUUAUUUUUUUUUUUUGGGCACCAUUCGGAGUUAACUCUAGAAAUCCUAGCAGUUACACAAAUACUCAAGCCAACCCAUCUGGCAACAACAAUUAUGCCUAUUUUGAAAUCACUGAGAUCAUGUUUUUUUUCCCCAUUCUGAUGGUUGAUGUGAGCAUUAACUAAACCUUCUGACCCAUAUCUGAGUGUUAUGCAUUGCACUGCUGCCACAUGAUUGGCUGAUUAGAUAAUAGCAUGAAUUAGUAGUAUGUGUUCCUAAUAAAGUGCUUAGUGAGUGUAAUGUUAGUGAUAUUACCAACAAUUGGACCAUGUUGGAUACAACUAUUAAUUACUUGUGUGCUUAUUGAUCUAGCAAACAAUGUGUUAUCUACUGUAUACUGUGAUAUGUCAUGCUUCAGUGAAAACACUUUCUAUAACCACCAGCAAUAACUUGUAAGUCAAUAAUUCUAGAAAAUGCAGCUGCCAUCAGCUUCCUUUUAAAGGGAUAGAUCACCCAAGAAUUCAAAUUCUGUCAUUUACUCUCCCAACCUGUAUGACUUCCCUUCUUGUGUCUGUCUCAGCAUUCUGCUUAAAAUCUUCAUUUGUGUUCCAAGGAAGAAAGAAUGUCAGAUGAGUUUGGAAUAACAUCAGGUGAGUAAACGAUUACAGAAUUUUUCUUUUUGGGUGAACUGUGCCUUUAUUUGGAAACGUUGUCAACUGAAGAAUUGCAUCCUUUUAGCAAGAAAGCAGCUCUUUGAUGUCCAAUAGAUAAAUCGAUAGCAGUUUUUCUUUCAUAUAAUUCAAAUAACUGCUGUAUAAAAAGGUGAGAAAUGGCAGUGAGAAUUUAAAAGUUGUCUAGUGUUAUAAUUGUAACAGCACAGUAGUUUUUCUCCAUGUAUAAAUUGUCAGAGCUGCAUAUGGUGUUUCAUUAGAGGCUUGUGUUGUCCGCACUCCUGUAGGUGUUAAACUUGAUGUAAGUGCACAUUUAUUGUUACAUUGGUCUAAAAAUACAGUCCUGAAAGAAAUCGUUAAACAUUUGGCCACAAAUAAGGUUAAAAUUGACUGCUUGUAUUGACUGCAAAAUUAUAAAUCAAUUACACCAAAGCAUUAACAUUGUCCAGUUUUAUUUGGUUAGUGUGUACUGAAUUCUAAGCUGUUUUAACAUGUAAUAUACACUUCUUUUCAGGUUUAGUCAUUAGGAAAUCAUAACCAUCACCAUGGUUAUCAAACUAAAUAUUCAUUUAUAUUAAUUUAUAGCUUAAACAGGAAAAAUACAGUUAAUUAUAUAUAAAUAUUGACUUUAGUUUUAUUGUUAUUGAGGAAAGUGCCAAACAAAAUAAGUGAAAGUUCACAAAUAAACACCAAGUUGGCAAAUUGUUCAGUCAUCAAAGAAUUUCUUGCCCGUUUAGAUUUAAACUUCGAAUUCAUAAGUUAUUU